AUGUUAACCUUGUUGUUGAAUGAAUGUUGUUGGUUUGAUAAUCCUGUGCGGUAUGGUCUCGUCCUCAGUACACUGGCCAGACCGGGCUGGACCCAGCUUGCGGCUUUGCCGCAGCGCACCUCGCGGGGUGCGUGCAGCUGUGAGAAGAAGAAGAAGACAGACAGAGAGACAGCGCGAGCCACGAGCAGUGGUUCGCAUAGCUUACAUGAAGAACGAGAAGAAGCGAGCAGCGUCAGCCCAGCCCUGUCAGCUGCCUGUGGGGGCCUCUGCCGUGUGGCGCUGCGAACGCUGCGGCUUCAGGCGUUUGGUGCCGGUGCCGCCGAGGCUUUGCUGCGCUUGGUGGACCUGCGAAUCACUGAUCGAGGAGCCAGUAUUCACGAGAUUGACGCCUCCUUCUGCAGGUCAAUCACAAAUGAAACACUCAAAGCGCUUCCAGUUCUGCCAACGCUGGAAUCCUUAAACCUGGAUGGCUGCCAAGACGUGGAUGACGAGGGGCUGAUAGCCGUGUCCCAGCGGUGCCGUUCUCUGCGGCGCUUCAGCAUUUACUGGAACGUCAAGGCCACGGACCAGGGCAUUGGCAAGGUGCUCCGAGCCCAGCCCUGCGGCAACUUGCAGGAGCUUUGCUUCAGUGGCUGCAAGCUUCUUACGGAUGCCACCGUGCAGCGGGUUGUUGGACGCGCGCCUAAGCUCCAGCGGCUGGAUCUCACUCGCUGCCCGCUCGUAACGGAGAUGGGUAUCACGCUAGUGUGCGAAACUCUUCCAGACCUGCGGGUCUUGCGCCUCUAUGCGAUGUCGCAGCUGAGUGCAGAGUCCUUUUUGAGCCUGCAGAAGCUCCCACUGCUGGAGGAACUGGACCUCUGUGGCUGCCGUGCGGAAGAUGCAGCCGUGGAGGCCUUCCUGGCAGCGGCAGAGCCAGGAGCACUCCAAAUCCUCAACCUGACAUGGUGCCCAGCUUUGACGGAUGUGUCCAUGCUGGCGGUGGCCAAGCACUGCACACGUCUAAACUGGCUGAGCUUUUUUGGCAACCUUAACAUCACCGCUGCGGCAGUGGAGGCCUUGGCUGCUGCACCAUGUGCUGCCACGCUGCGGGCGCUGGAUUUGCGAGGCUUGGCGCAG